AUGGAAGCCUCGCACGCAGCAGAAAACAUCAUGAAGCGGUGGAUUCUUACUGGAGGAUGGCGUGAUGCAUUCUACCUCUACGAGCCUGGUCGAUGCUAUUCCAAAGGUUCUAUAGGGCGUAUGUGUGACGAGUUAGAAGAGAUUGCAGCUAGCGAUUCAGCAUUUGCGAACAAGUGGGGAACUCGCUUCCAUCGCUGGCACACGGGAACCAAGUAUCAAUUAUACAUGAGGGCCGAAACCAAAGAGACCCCAGGAAGUCUGAGCUAA